GCUACUUAAAGGAUUUAUGAUAUAUAGUUAAAUCACUUUCCUAGGAAAGAAAAUGUUGAACAAUUAUUUAAGAUCUGAAGUGGCUUUUGUUUUUAAGAUUCAUUUUGUUUUGUUUUUAAGGUAAGGUCUUAAAUCUUUUCGCCUAGAUUGGUCUUCAGUUCAUGAUUCUGCCUUGACCAUGCUGGGAUUAUGAGUGUAUACCACCACAUGAGAUUUCCUAUCAGUUAUUUUAUCAAAUGCUUCCAAAGAGUUCAUUUUAUGAUAUGUCUGUGUCAAAUACUAAAUAUUGAUUUUAUGAAAAUGGAAAAUUAUGAGGCAUGUGUAGGUUUUGAUCUCUAUGAGACACCCCUCUCUACUGUUGCUCAGAAGAUUAUGUGUGCUAUGCGUUCAGGUGAUUUCAUGGAUUCUAAGAAUGAGGGAGAGAGUACAAAGACUUCGAAAGUGACCAAAAAAUCCAGUGUUCAUUAUUCAGUAUUAGCUGAACAUGAGAGGACUCAAUCACUAGAAACAAAGAACCCUAAGUCAUUAAUAACCCAGUCACCAAGAGGAUCCAUCAAGUUCUCUCCUCAGUCCUCUAUUACUCAGCUCACAAGUCAUCUCUCUGUUGGUCAAGUACAGAACAGCACCGCCUCAUUGACUCUUUCCAGUUGUUUAAUUCCACAGAGUGAUCAGGAAGCACCAGUCUUACAAAAAAUGAAGUAUACAAGAAAGCACUUCCUAAAGGAGAAUAUGGCUAAAGAAGAUGAGAGAAGAUUAAAUCUUAAAAGGAAAUUCAUUACAUGUAGUAAUUCCCCAGAAAAAGCAAGUAAACAGAUAGCACUGGAAGAAAGUACUGAUGGGGCUGAAACCUGGCUAAAGUCUGAGGACAUGACAGUGUUUGGAAAACAGUUUUGCGAUGUUAGAUAUUUGGAUGAUUUGGCAAAAGUCCAGCUGAUGAAUGUGCUCAAGCAGGCAGAAACUCUGGUUGUGACACUGAUGUAUAAGGAUGGUUCUUCACAGCUCAGAGUCAACCAGACUUUAACUUGUCCUGUUAGAGGAAUUGUAGUGUUACUAAGAAUCCAUGUAGACAGCAGCCCUCUGAUUUCCCCAGCCCACGGUAGUGUUCUGGGAGAGGACUCCACAUCUGCAGAUCACUGUAUCUACAUCCAUACUGAGCACUCCUCUUUCUGGGGCUCCAACAAAGAGGCACAUAGUCUAUUUGUCAGGAACUUGCUGUUUUGGACACUUAGAUGUAAAUGCCCCAUUGUUUGUUUUAAUGCCAAGGAAUUUGUGAGGACAGUACUGCAGCUCCUUGGUGAAGAUGAUAGUUGGAAGCAUGUUGCAGGUUUUGUGGGACUAGAUCCCAGAGUUGCUGCAUGGCUCAUAGAUCCUAGUGACACUGCACUUACAUUUGAAGAUUUAGUUGCAAAAUACCUAGGAAAGUCCAUCAUAGUUAAACCAAGCAGCACAUUUGGUGAUACCUCAAGAAAUAUUGUGAAUCAGAAUGUGUGUGUGAACCUGAGGAUACUCUACGACCUCACGAUGGAUCUCUGUUCCAAGCUGAAGGCUUAUGGCUUAUGGCAACUAUUUUGUACUUUGGAGCUUCCUUUGAUACCAAUUUUGGCAGUGAUGGAAAACCAUAAGAUUCCAGUUGACAAAGAAGAAAUGGAGAGGACUUCAGCACUCCUUGGGGCUCGCCUCAAGGAACUAGAGCAAGAAGCCCAUUUUGUUGCAGGAGAACAGUUUCUUAUAAUGAGUAAUAAUCAGCUUCGUGAGAUCCUCUUUGGCAAAUUGAAGCUGCACCUGUUAAGUCAGAGGCAGCAUCUUCCCAGAACUGGGCUACAGAAACAGCUGUCCACAUCAGAGGCCAUGUUAAAUUCUCUACAAGACCUUCACCCAUUACCCAAGAUAAUUUUGGAAUAUAGACAAGUUCACAAGAUCAAGUCAACUUUUGUAGACGGAUUACUAGCUUAUAUGAAAAAGGGCUCCAUCUCUUCUACAUGGAAUCAGACUGGAACUGUGACGGGGAGACUUUCAGCCAAACAUCCUAAUGUCCAAGGUAUCUCCAAGCACCCAAUUCAGAUUUCUAUGCCUCAGAAUUUUAAAGGCAAAGAAGAGGAGACUGUCACCAUCUCCCCACGAGCCCUGUUUGUUUCCUCCGAAGGCCACACCUUCCUGGCAGCAGAUUUUUCACAGAUUGAAUUGCGCAUUCUUGCACAUUUAUCUGGGGAUCCAGAGCUUUUGAAGUUAUUCCAGGAAUCUGAAAGAGAUGAUGUAUUUUCUACCCUGACUUCACAGUGGAAGGGCAUUCCCAUGGAGCAUGUGACACACAUGGACAGAGAGCAGACCAAGAAAGUAGUGUACUCCGUGGUCUAUGGAGCAGGGAAAGAGCGGCUUGCGGCUUGCCUUGGAGUCACUGUGUCAGAAGCCACCCACUUUUUGGAGAGAUUUUUGCAGAAGUAUAAGAAAAUCAAGGACUUUUCCCAGACGGUUAUUGCCCAGUGUCACCGUGCAGGCUAUGUGACGUCCAUCUUGGGUAGAAGGAGGCCUCUGCCAAGGAUCUCUGCACAGGACCAGAAGCUUCGGGCACAAGCAGAGCGACAGGCAGUAAACUUUGUGGUACAAGGUUCAGCUGCAGACCUCUGUAAGCUAGCCAUGAUCCACAUAUUUGCUGCAGUGGCCACAUCCCCAACCCUGACAGCCAGGUUAGUUGCCCAGAUUCAUGACGAGCUGCUGUUCGAAGUAGAAGACACUCAGGUCCCUGAGUUUGCAGCUCUUGUCAGAAGGAUCAUGGAGUCCUUACAGCAGGUACAGGCCCUGGAACUGCAGCUUCAGGUGAGGAGACCCACAUCUGCCCAGCAUUACAGCUGGAGUCAACCCAGUGUGGGCAAGAGGGUCCCACUCUCCAGAGGUAAGGAGAGCAAGGAAUAAGGCGAGCCCCACCAGCCUUGCACACCAGGGCUGCUGUCCUCCAAGCCUCCACUUGUCCUCCCCUGAUGAGGAGUGACCCAGGUGGUAGCAGAAACAUAGCCUGCCCUGUGGGCACUUUAGAACCAACCAGAGCCACAGAAACCGCAAACUAUCUUCCAGAGCAGCCCUGGCUCUGCUCACAGGCUCGGAGGCUUCCCUGAGAAAGCCUCGGACCUGCUAGACACCUUGUUGCACACCAGGGCAGUGCACCUCUCUGCAUAGGUGGCAGCUUUGCAGGGUUAAGGAGCCACACAUGUGUUUACCCAUUUGGCAGGGAUUCUGUCCCCCUGAGGUUGUCCACAAAGCCUAUGCCUGCUGUGAGCAAAGUAAGUACUAGGGGAGGAGCCUGGAGCCCAGGAAACUAAACUUAGCUGCCAUCAGGGGGCCCUCAUGAGGCAGAAAACAACAGGAAAUAACUGGGAGUCAGCCCCUUUUCAGACAUGGUGGCUUUGUCUAGUGCCUUGGGGAAAAGCCCACUCAAGUAAGGGUCUUCUGUCCCCUCGUAUCUCUCCAAGAUACAGCCCUGACUGGGCGAGCACAUGUUGCACUAUGACAUUCCUAUCCUAAGUCACCAUGCCUGGGAGCCCUACAGACACUUCCUGAGGCCUAGUGGGUAGGGAAUUCCACCAUGGUAGGUGCAUGUGAUGUGAGCACGCAGAGGGCAAAUAUGAGUAUAUGUGUGUCCAUGUGUACACCUGUUAUGUGGCUGCUCUCUCUGGAAGGAUGUGUCCCUGUGCACUGCUACCUCUUCAACUUGCAUAGGAGCCUGGGAGGUGGCUGAGUUUGUUUGUCGCCCCACAGGUGCCCCUAAAGGUGAAUUUGAGUGUUGGCCGCUCAUGGGGACAUUUGGCCCCACUAUAGGAGACCCUGGACUCCACCUGAGCCACAGCAAAUCUCCCUGCAACAGUCCAGCUACCAAUGAGGUCCCUCUUCAGUACCUACCCCAUUCAAGUACAUUUUUUCAUCUUGUUUGUCUGUAGCCCUGGGCAAGAGUGGGAGGAGAGAGUUGGUUUCUACCAGUCCAUCCUGCAGCCCUUCCCCAGGUCAUCAGCUCGCACUCUGUGGGGCAAGACAGAUACAGGCCACACUGGCCUUUUGUGGAACAACUGGGUCCCUACCUGAAGUA